AUGCAGAACGGUGACCAGCAGUACAGUAUGGAAGAUGAAACCUACACCGACAUCGACGGCAAGGCCAUCUCUCUGGAGUGUCAAAGGCACUCGGGAUUCUGCCGGGAGUUCACGGUUAGCUCGGCUAAAGUAUCCAUAGGCAGAGUGAUGGUGUACACUUGCGCUGUCUGGCUAACGGCCUACAUCAUAUUCUUCGUCACUGAGGUAAGGACACUAGGGCUGGCUUGAGUCCCAAAUGGCACCCUUUUCACCAUGGCCCAUGGGGUUCUCGUGAAAUGUAGUGCACUAUAUAAGGAAUAGGGUCAAAUGGGUAUAGGGUGCCAUUUGGAACUCCCUCUAGAUAUCCACUGGCACCUGCGUCAGUGCGCAACAAUCCUGCUCCUGGAAGCUACUGGGUGUACAGGCUUUUGUUCCUGCCCAACACUUAACACAUCUGUUUCAACCAACUGCUCAUCAGGGUGUUGUGUAGAUGUAUCAGGUGUGUUAGUGCUGGGCUAGAACAAAAGCGUGCCCCUUUAGCGCUUUAGGGCCAGUGUUGGUAACCCACUAAGCUAGAUUAAUCAUUUAAUAAUUUAACCUACACCUAUAACUAAGUAUUUCUUUUUUGUUGUGUGCCUGUUGUAGGUCAAUCAGUGCAAUGCUAGUCUCUUCUCACAGUCGCUGUAUGCGGAGCACCUUGAGUCUAGCGACAGAGAUUACUUCAAUGCCAAUCUCUUCUUCUCUCUCCAGAACACAGCCGUUCUCUCCAGUGCCAUAAUCAUCACCCUGGUCGGUAUGAUGGUUCACAUCCACUUUGUGAAGGUGGACCAUGAGACGCUGCUCAUCAUUGGUUCCCUGGGUGUCCAGGUGUCCUCUAGCUACGCCUCCGGCAGGGAGUCAACAGACUUCAUAGAGAUGGGCAAGAUCAAAGACAUAGUAAUCAAUGAAGCUAUUCACAUGGUGAGGAAAUAGAAGAAUAUUGAGCUAUUUGUUUCAUCCAGCCAAUGAAGCUACAUGUCCACAGUUGAUUUCAUCAUCACUAAAGUUGUUGACUAAAUCUUGUUCAGAUGAAGCUAGAUGGAUCCUGCUAUAAUUUAUCUUAACCGUUGAUGAUUGGCUGGACAGUCAAAAAUGUAUGCACGCAUGACUGUAAGUCGCUUUGGAUAAAAGCGUCUGCUAAAUGGUAUAUAUUAUUAUAGAGUAUCUUGUGAUGUGCCUGUGAUGACUUUUCUCAACCCAUUUGUUUCAGCAAAGAGUCAUCUACUACCUGUGCAUCCUCCUGAAGGAUCCCUCAGAGCCAGAUGCAGUGUCUAGCGUGGUCCCUCUGUUUCAGGUGAACUUCAGGGAGCGUUAUUGAUCUAACAUACUGUUUAAAAUGCAUGUCUGUAUCUUAACUAAAUCAAAUCAAGCUUAGUUUAUGCAUCACAUUUCAGACAUGGAAAGCAAUGCAAUGUGCUUCACAUGAAAAAACGAAUAAAAUAAAAACUUUGGAACUGAUGUAGUUUUAACCCUGUGCUGAAGACCUUCUCACCUCUACAUUCACCUGUCUGAUUAUAGUCUACCUUUUCAUUCCUCUUUCAGAGUUCAAAACCGAGGCUGAACUGCCUGGUCAAAGUGUACAAGAGCUGCCAGGAGAUUCUAGCUAAGUGCUGAUGGUGACGUCAUCCUGGUCCUUUUGUAAACCGUCUGGGUAAACCCCACUGACGUCAUGCUGGAAAAGCACUGUCGCUGACAUCACUGCACACCAAUGCUUCAAACCACUGACUUCACCGCAUACCAAGUCAUGUAACAUGUUCAGGAUUUUUAUCUGGUUAGGUUACGUUAUCAAUUCUCAAUGGAAAGAAAUACUGAUGAUACACCUGUCAUCAUGAAAUUGUUGUUUUGUCUACAUUUGUCUUUUUAAAUUAUUUUCAGGUCAUUUUUCCACACGCCAGUUUUCAGUAAUGGAAGAAAGACUCUAUUAGGUCAACCCACUAAAAUAUACUAUACUCUUAAGAUUCUCAGUAAGAGAGUAGUUUAUGAAUGUAAGUCCUUACUUAGUGUUACCUAAUGUUGUUAUUUACUUAUGUCUUAGUAUUUAAUACAUCUACUUGAACAGUGUUUUCUGUAACUAUGACCCUACUUGAUAAGCAUGAUAACUUUAAGGAUUUCCUGUUGGAACUAUGGAUUUAGAAAUAGCCUUAUUUUACUUAGAUGCUCAUUUUUAUAUUAUUGUAUAUUUACAAAUAUUGUAUUCCAUCUGAAGAGUUAAGAGUAUUUAUCAUGUAAUAAAUUACCAUUUCUAGCUGCUGUUCUUUCCGUCGCCAGUAGAGGGCAGGACCUACUGAGGGCCGGAUAGCCGGCAGUUCUGCAAUAAUAAAAUCAUAUUUUAAACUUAAC